AUGUUGAGUUUCGUCAAGAACGACCCUCCGUGCGGAUCUCGAGGCUCCCAGGCUAAUUCUGAGCCCCUUUGUGGAUUUUGGCUUAAACUGGAGUUUGGCAAUUUGAAGUCCGGUGUAUUUGUGGAGCUUGGGUCUAUGCAGUGGUAUGAUCAAAAAGUGUUGAGCGUCCCUCAUUUGAGGCGGUGUCCCUACUUUUGCGACCUUUUACCCUCUGUCUCUUUCUACGUCCCCGUUACGAUAUUUGAGGCUUGGCGUUUCACUGGACAACUUGGGAUUGGAGUUGGUUCGAGCUUAGAGCGUUGUUGCGGUUUGCUUGCUAGUAGACGUCGUUCAAUGGGUAAAAAGUUUGGUAUCAUUGACUCCCCUGGGUUAACUCUUGCUAGCUGGGUAGCUGAAGUCCUAAUACCAAUUACCAGUGAUGAUUGUUCGUGCCUGCAACAACUUUUGUGGAUCGAAGGCGAGGGUGAGCACUCGAUGUUCUGGACUAGCAUGUCUCCUUUUAUAUAUCCUAUUCUUCUUCUCUACACAAAACCCCUUUAUUACCCAAAUGAACCAAAUCAUAAUUUCUCCAUUGACAACACUAAUUAUUCCCUCGACCCAUUUUGGGAUAAUUACUCUGUUUCUGCUAAUGAAAAUGAAAAUGAAAAAUCCCAUGUUCUUGAAGGAAUUGUUGUUGUUGUUGGAGAACAUGUUCUUUUCGAUUACAAUAACAAUGAAAACAAGAAUUGAUACCAGUUAACUUUCUCAAAAAAAAAAAACAAGAAUGAUGAUCCAAAUUCAGCAGUUUCAAUUCUGAAACGCACGUAUCCUGCAGAAAAGAGGAAUAAUAAUAAUAAUGUUCCAUCAGUGGAGAAGAGUUACAGAGGAGUGAGAAAGAGGCCAUGGGGGAGAUGGUCAGCGGAGAUUCGCGAUCGUAUAGGGCGGUGUAGACACUGGCUGGGUACAUUCGACACGCCGGAGGAGGCGGCGCGUGCGUACGACGCGGCGGCGAGGUGGUUGAGAGGUUCAAAAGCUCGAACAAAUUUCCAAAUUCCUCCGAUUGUUCCUCUGCCUACUUCACCAACAUCGACGUCAUCAUCUUCAAAUUCGUCUCGUGAAAUGAAAAUGAAAAUGAAAAAGAAAAAUGGUGGCGCUGUUGCUAAUAAUCAAAGAAAAUGCUCAGUGGUAACUUCAACUGCGCAUUUAUUUAGCUCUAAUGAAUUUAACAAAAAAGUUAGUGUUACUGUGGAGCUUGAUCUCAAGCUCGAAUUCGGGAGGAAGUUGGGUGGGUAUUGGGUUUAUGGGGCGGAUAGUUGGUUUAUGGGUUAA